CCUUCCAGCACUUCGCGCUGGGUGCCUUCGCUGCGGCUACCGUUGGUCAACAACACGGAAGGGCUCCGUUCAAUAAAACUACCGAAGGAGUCGGCUUAGCGGGACAAUAAGUUGAAAUGCCUCCAAAGAACGACGAUGGCGGAUGGAAGAAGUUUCUGUGGGAUUCGGACAAAGGAGAACUGCUCGGUCGGACGGGGGGCAGUUGGUUCAAAAUCAUUCUCUUCUACAUCAUCUUCUACGGCUGCUUGGCCGGCAUCUUCAUCGGCACCAUCCAAGCCAUGCUGCUCACUCUGAGCAACUACAAGCCCACAUGGCAAGACAGGGUUGCACCUCCCGGACUCUCACACACUCCACUAUCUGACAAAGCCGAAGUGUCCUUCAACCCCAGAGACGUGGAAACCUAUCUGUCUUACACCAAGGCCUUGAAGGACUUCCUGGUCAAGUACGAUGAUGACAAGCAGGACAACCAGAUGAAGUUUGAGGACUGUGGAGAUACACCGGCCGAGUUCAAGAACCGCGGUGACCUUGAAAGCGACACGGGCGUUAGAAGGGCAUGCCGUUUCUCCAGGGAGCUGCUUGGACCCUGCUCUGGCUUGACCGACCCCGACUUUGGCUUCAAAGACGGCAAGCCGUGCCUGAUUGUGAAGCUUAACCGGAUUGUUAACUUCCAUCCAAGGCCUCCUUCCUCCAAUGCAAGCAUCCCCGAAGAAGCUCAAUACAAAGUGCAGCCCAACUUGAUCCCCAUCUACUGCACAAAUAAGAAAGAGGAAGACGCCGGGAAAAUCGGCGAGAUCAAGUACUACGGCAUCGGCGGCGGCUUCCCGUUGCAGUACUACCCGUACUACGGCAAGCUGCUGCACCCCCACUACCUGCAGCCGCUGGUUGCUCUGCAGUUCACCAACCUGACCCUGAACACCGAGCUGCGUAUCGAGUGCAAAGUGUACGGCGACAACAUCUCGUACAGCGACAAGGAUCGCUACCAGGGACGCUUUGACAUCAAGAUCCAGGUCAACAGUUUAUGACCAGCAUCAGGACCAUAGAGCGCUUAUGCAUUGCCGCACCCCUCCCCCCUCGUCCUUCAAUCCUGACAUGAAAUAGACAAGUAGGCGUGGCUAAGUUGAUCACAGUCACUUGGCUUCCAGCUAGCGUUAGCACGCAGUUUUAGUGGGAAAUGUAGCUGUUAGGCCUCCGAAGCAUAUUUAUUCUGCCGUAAGCAACAUUUGGACCCUUGUUCAUUCACGACUGUGCAAGUGGAUUUCCAUGUGUAGCCCCCCCCCACCCACCCUGACCAUUAACUCCCCCCACUCCUUGUCAUAUCACCGCCUAGGUACCUCGCUUUUCCUUCAUUUUUCCCAGCGUGAUGGUACACGGCAUGCCCACUUAAUGAUUUGCUCGGUCCACUCUUGUGAUCUUUUAAUGAAAAAGCUGCACUCCAAGGAACUUCCUUCCUCGUUUUUGUCUUUUACGUCUGAUCAUGGGGCCUUGUUUUAGUUUGCCUUUUGUUUCUUCCUUAAAUCACUUAAAAGUGUGAACGGGUUUUAUUAAAUGCCUUUUUAAUUGAUUAUGUUUUCCAGACCUUUUUUUUUUUCCUUGUUUUCCAGCCCGUGAGAUAUUUGGGCCCUCCUGCAGGGGAGGGGGGCUCACGGUGCUGACUCGGCUUUAUUUUUGUUCUUCUGGACUCCCAUCACAGUAUUGUGAUGUGUGUGUGCCUCUCUGAAUGUUUUUAGCCAUCAAACAUGGUGGACGAAUUGUAUAUUUAUACAGUUGUACAUUUUGUUUCUGUGCGAAAAUAUUGUUAAUGUAUACAUGCAAUACCAAAGUGACGAUCUGUUAAGGGUCAAAAUGUGUUGCCUUGCAACCUUCCAGUGGCUCGCUCUUGAAAUUUGGGGUGUGUUUUUGGGCCAUGAAUGUAGUUGGAACCAGGGCGCUUAAAUACCACAAUUUUCAUGCAUUUCAACCAAAAAGAAAAGAA